UUGGGCUCAGACUUCAUUUUUCAAUGGAUCCACCACCCUCUAAGUUCGUAAUCGAAGCAUCGGAAGCCCUUGCCCUGGCGGAGUCCGCCGCCGUGACCCUCCCGGAACUCCUCCCCACCCUGGUCCCCGCCGCCCAGCCCCUCGCCCGACCCCCCAUCUCCAAGUUCUCCGUGGCCGCCGUGGGCCUGGCCCCCUCCGGCCGCAUCUUCGUCGGCGUCAACCUGGAGUUCCCUGGGCUCCCCCUCCACCACUCCGUCCACGCCGAACAGUUCCUCAUCACCAACCUCUCCCUGAAUGCGGAGCCCCACCUGGUGUCCCUGGCCGUCUCCGCCGCCCCCUGCGGGCACUGCCGCCAAUUCCUCCAAGAACUCCGCGCCGCCGCCGACGUGAAAAUCCUGGUAACCUCGGAGGCCACAGCAGAAUUCAGGGCACUCUCUGACUUCCUCCCUCACAGGUUCGGUCCCCACGACCUUCUCCCCCUUGAAGCUCCCCUUCUCUUGGAACCCCACCACAACACCCUAACCCUCCAACACUAUCUCAACGCCCACGUGCCCAAUCACAAGUUGAAAAUUGCGGCUCUCGAGGCCGCCAACAAAUCCCAUGCACCCUACAGUGGGUCCCCCUCCGGCGUCGCCCUUCUCGACUGCCAUGGUAAUGUUUUUAAAGGCUCCUACAUGGAAUCCGCCGCGUUUAAUCCCAGCUUGGGCCCCGUCCAGGCAGCCCUCGUCGCCUUCGUCGCCGGCGGCGGCGGCGACUACGACCGGAUUGUGGGUGCUGCGUUGGUGGAGAUGGACGGUGCCGUCGUUAAACAGGAGCACACGGCGAGGCUGUUGAUUCACUCCAUUUCCCCCAAUUGCCAAUUCGACACAUUCCUUUGCCACAACAACAACAAUAAUGAAUAUUGAAUCCCUUGUUACGUCUUUGGAAGUGGUUCGAAUAAUUAAUUCAAUAAUGAAGUACUAGUGCAUUUUAAUCAAAUCCUUUACAUAUUUAAUUGGACUGCACCAGCUUCAAGUAAUUAAUAUAUCUGGAAGGCUGAGGAUAUGCUUCAAUUUGGCUUUAAACUUGAUCACGUGUUAAUCAUCUUUUUAAUACUGCGUCUGGAAACCAUUCAAACAAAACAACAAGACCAGUAUAUAUAGCUCCAUGCUUUUCGAAUCUACAUGUGACCACCUAUAUCAGCUAUAUGUAAUCUGUUCACAAUUAUGCCGUAUUUUUAACCUAGUCAAUUCCAUUGUUUUUUCGUUUAAUAUUAACUAAUCCCCCCAAUCACAUUGUUCUCUA